AUGGUUGGCGCUUCCUUCUCCAAAUCCUGGAUGUUCGUCUCUAACCAACCUUGCAUCCUGGAUCUUGCCUGUGUCAGCACUCAUCCCCGCGGCACGCAUGAGUCCUUUGUUGGCAAGCGUGAUGGCUCUGGCUUUCUAAGUCGCCGCACGGCCGAGUACCCUGCUGAGUUGGCCGCCUCUCUUGCAAGCUUGUGCGCUCCAUUCCUGUCCAGCCUCGGCAACUGUGUUGACUUCUCUCGGUGGCGUUCCUUCCUUCCAUCGGAUCCUGCGUGGGUGGAGCCCUCCUGCAGGGUGGAGGAUGGGGGCGGCAUCAACAGCACUGCGUGCUGGUUGCAGCCUGCUGCUGCUGACCUGCUGCAUUCACUCCGUUGUCGUUGGUCUCAACGCCUGUUCGACACUGGUUUGUGUCUGCGCAUUGCGGCUCACCUUCAGCUGGCACCUCAGGGACCACCAUUGGCGGAUGCGGAAAUUGCUCCAUUCCUGCAAGACAUAUUCGAGGCUUUCCAGGUGAGUCCUCCCGAGCAAGCUGACCUGCUCUUCAUUGCGCCGGGUCAACCCUUACGCCUGAGACUUCUGAAGUUCUUGUUGCAAAAGAUCCAGGACUCAGAAGCCUCUCUUUGUGACCAGUUGGAGUCUGGUGUUUCUUUAGGGGUGGGUGCUUCGCUGGAACCCUCCCUGCAUUGGCCCAAGCGUGACUCCGAGCUCGUCAUCCCGGCAUUGCAUCUCUGCGAGGGGGCCUGGAAAUCGGCUGAGAGCGAGCCAGACAUCGUGCAUACCUUGCUCGAAGAGGAACUUCGCGAGUCCUGGAUUACCGAGUAUGCAUCUCUUGAGGAAAUACAGAAUGAGUUUCCUCAGGUUGCAUUAGGACGACUAGGCCUUGUGCUUGCGGAAGGUCGCUCCCCCAGACUGGUCGUGGACUCCAGCGUCAGCGGCGUCACUUCUUCAUCUGUGAUCCCCAAUCACGUCUCCAAUCCUCGUAUUGAGGACGUGUCUGGCUGUGCACCCUCUUUUGUCCCGUCGGACCCCUGGGUGGGCGCCUCCAUUGACGUGAAGAAAGCUCACCGUCGCAUGAAGAUCGCCCCGCAUGAGAGGGCAUUGCUUGCGUUCUCCUUUCGGGGGCGCUACUUCGUUAGCAACUGCCUUAACUUUGGCGCUCGGGCUUCGUCUUGGUACUGGGCCCGCCUGGCCGGUGCCAUACACAGGGUCACUCACUUCAUCAUCUUCCUGAAGCACUUUCUUUGGGUCUAUGUUGAUGACUGGCUGGCUGGGUUUCGCAAGUCCACUGCUCCACUGCAUGUGAGUCUGUGGGUAAUGUUGCUUCUGUGCAUCAACUUGCCAAUUUCAUGGUCCAAAUGCUCCAUUGGUGAUCAGAUCACCUGGAUCGGCUGGAGGAUCUCCUUUGAUUCAUGGACCGUGGAGCUGCCGGCGGAGAAGAUUCAUCGCAUCCUUGACCAGCUCGCCUCGGUGUGCAAGCAGAUGCGUGUCAAAGUCAAGGACCUGGAAUCCAUCAUCGGGCGACUUCUCUGGCUGACAGGGCUUUGGCGCUUGCUGCGCCCCUUGCUUCAGCCCCUUUACGCCGCUCUGCGCGAUAUACCCUGCACAAUCGUGGCCGUGUCGCCGCAGCUGUGGACCCAGAUCCUGGACGCUUGUGAUGAUUCAGGGCGCCUCCAGCGUUCCUUGAAUCAUGCUUCAUUCCCGGAAGGUGCACGCCUCACUCGCGCUGGGAAUACUGCAAUCUCGUCCUUGGCGCAGCUCAAGCGCGUCCCGUUCAUCAAACGUCGCUUGUGGGUCUCCAUCCAGGACUCUGACCACCCACUGCGGUGUCUCUCUCCGCAGUCUAUUGCGGCCUUGCAUUCCUGGUCGGCCAUCUUGAGCUCCACACCCUGUGUUUUCAACAUCAAGCAAGCUCCGCUGCUGCAUCUGGUGGCUGAAGCAGAUGCCUUCGCGGAUGAGGUGAAGCAGUUUUUUCCAUCCCUGGAUGGCUCUCUACAGCCUCACAUCUGUGCACUUGAGCUCCUUGCUCAAUUCUGCCUUCUUUGGAUGGCUUCCGAGAUGAUACCGCGUGCACGCCGCCAGCUUACUGUACCGAUGCGCUCCGACAACUCCGGUGCGGAGCUUGCAUCCGUGAAAGGAAUGUCAUCUGUCAGGAUCCUGGGCGAGGUCCUUCUUGCAUUUCUUGACUUUCAGCGCAGGAAUGGCUUGCACGUUACAGGAAUGACCUGGCCGACGAGCUUAGCCGUCUUCGAGAUGCAUCAUCUCCUCUGCCUCAGUGCGACAGAAUGCAUCCACCUUUACACUUUCUGCUUCGCUCAGCAG